AUACAAUUCACCCAUUUACAGUAUAAAAUGCAAUGGCUUUUAGUAUAGUUACAGGGUUGUGCAACCAUCACAGUCCAUUUUAGGACAUCUGCAUCACCCCAGAAGGGACCCUGUACCAUUCUUCCUCAAUCUCUCAGCCCCAGACGACCACGAAUCUACUUUCAGCCUCUGUGGAUUUGCCUGUUCUGGACGUUUCAUAAAAUGGGAUCACACAACAUGUGGUCUUUGUGAUUAGACCACAUUUUGUUUUAUCCAUGAAUCAGUUAGUUGUUUCCACUCUUUUGGAUAUUAUGAGGAAUGCUUCUGGGAAUGCUGGGAUCCCAGUGUCCUAUGGACACGUGAUCCUUUCACCCAGCGUCUCUGUGUCAGAUGCUUUGAGGAGCGGCCAGACUGUUCGCCAACGUGGGUGCAUCACUGAAAUUCCUCCUCGGGGCCCCCCGGCCUGUCCCCGUCUGUCCUGCUCACUGCCGUAGAGGGGGUGAAGGGCCACCUCGCUGUGUUUUGGUCUGCGUUUCCCUGACGGCUGAGGCUGUAGCGUUUUUGUUACAGUCUGCCCGACGGUGGCCAUAAGUGAAGUCUCUGUGGAUCUGUUUUCGUCGGUAGUUUUCACGGACAUUACUUUAUCUUUGACAAGAUACUAGUCAUUGUAUUUGGAGGAAUAAUUUUCCCCACAGAUGAGAUGCCCUUUUUCGGAUGUUAUUUACAUUUACGUCUGCGGGGCAUCGUGUGGGUGGGUGGGACUCCCUUUAGCCAAGGUCAGGGCUUACUGUCCUCCGGAGGGUACACGGGACCUGACCUGAGGCUGUACUAUUGCACCCACCGUGUCCCCAUCCUGAGGGGGUCCCUGGGGAGCUCCUGGGGGGUCGCCUACUGGAUUCCUCACCUCAUUCCGGACGUGGGAUUUUGAUUUCUGCCUUCUACGUGAGGCUGUCAAAUGACAGUUACGUGUGACCAGCCGUCAUGGACGGGGCUUCCUUAUUCCCUCCGCUUCAGGCUGCUGUUCCUUGUGGAAUUCCUCGUCGGCCUGUGUGUCUGUGCGCGUGUGUGCAUGUGUGUGCUUGGCAGGGUUCUCCAGAGAAGCAGAACCAACAGGAUGUAACACAUAAAAUCAGUGUAAAAACCGAGCUAGAGAGAGACUGAAACUGGCUUGCACGACUGUGGGGCUGGCACGUCCAGAAUCUGGAGGGCAGGCGGCAGGCUGGAGACCAGGGGGGAGCUGUAGUUCGAGCCUGAAGGGGGUCUGCUGGCGGACCCCGUGUUUAUGGGGACCUUGGUCUUUUUCUAUCAAGGCCUUCAACUGAUUGGACGAGGCCCACCCACUCACAUCACGGAGGAUAAUCGGCUUCACUCAGAGUUCACUGAUUUAAAUGUUAACCCCAUCCAAAAAAUACCUUCACAGGAACAGCUACGUGGGUGUUUGACCAAACAUCUGGGUGCCACGGCCUAGCCAAGUUAACACAUAAAAUUGAAUGUCCCAGUGUGUACACACAGACGCGCGCGCACACACACACACACCCUCAGAUUUUUAAAGGCUUACUUUCAGUAUAAGAGUUACUGCAAAUAGCUAACCUGCCGUUACUCAGCUUGGAGCUUUUACACUGAUGUGUUUCUGACACAACUACUGUGACUAGCUGGAACCAAGUUAGGAUUAAUGUAACUUUUUUUCAAAAUUGCAAAAGAUUAUUGGUAAUAUAAUUAUUUAAAUUUGCUUAUGGUGUUUUUCCUCUCUCUUAUAAAACGCUUUUGAAUUUCUUCUUAAAGAAAUUGGUAUGAAUCCAUUUUUGAUGGUUCUGCCAGUUUUGUGCGCCCUCUAGUGGCCGUACGUUGCAUAGUCACUUUGUCAGGAUUUCCAAAGCCUGGAAGGUUCGCAGCUUCAGCAGAGGCUAAAACGGCACUUCUGAAUGUGGUCCCGAGUGGCCUGGAAGUUUCUGAUGCCCGCUUACAGAGUCUGGGUGUCAAGAAUCAUUUUCAUAAUACUGAUGAGGUCGGUGGCUAUAUCGACAGUGUGAGUUUUUGCUACCGUAUGAUGGGAUUUGGAAGAUUCUGUGUAAAUUCAGUGAAGUCUUAUUUUCCAGUGGCCAACACAGGAUGUUACAAAUCGUCCAUGGGUAGAAGGCGCAUCGAAGCUGCAAGAGAGGCCAAAGGAUGUAACGUAACAGGCGUGUAAAGGUCAUUGGUAUGGUUUUGGAUUCCACAUUGCAACUAAUCUUUAAGAAAUUACCAGAUGGUGUUUGCAGUAAAAGAAAACACUAUUCACUUCUGAAAAGGCUGCUAAGAUCCACGCAGUCUUAAACUGUCUGUCAACGUGAGACUGGAUCUUUCCCACACAUUUCAGCCAAGAAUUGGACUGCAACAAAUUGAAUGCAGAAACACACCCUCAGCUGUCUUUUCUUAAACCAAACGUCAGAGAGAUUUGUAAAAACAUAAAAGAGAGCCACUCUACCUAUUGUUUUGUUUUCAAAAAUACAGUUAUUUUUCAUAAAUAUGUUAUUUGUGUUAACAUAAAAUGGGUUAGGUUUUGUUACCUUAAAGUGAAUUAAAAUUUCUAGUGUGGUACAUGUAGGUAGAUCUAUAACCCACAUAAGUAAAAGCUGUUUGGGAUAUUUUUAAGGGCACAUAGGGGUCCAAAAAGUUUGACUAAAAUGUUCAAGAAACUUUGGGCUAAAGGACUACUUGAUAAUCUGCAGACAAUUCAUAAUAAAAUGUUAACGCUGAAUUACAAAACUAGAAUGGGGUAAUAAUAAUAAUCAAUAUUUAUAUAUUGUUAAUUUUUGAUACUUUAACAUCAUUUCAUUUGUACAUCAAAAAAGUCAAGAGUUGACACUUGUAUCUUUACUUUUCACAGCAUUAAAGCAGGUUCCACUCCUGACUGGACCACAUCUCUUAGGUGUCCACAAAGAUGUCGCUUGUUGCUGUGCCCUUCUACCAAAAGAGACACAAACACUUUGACCAGUCAUACCGUAAUAUUCAAACAAGGUACCUUGUGGAUGAAUAUGCAGCGAAAAAGCGCGCUUCCACCCAGACGUCUUCCCAGAAAUCUGUCACUCAGGAGUCGUCCUCGCAGAGAGAGUCCAGCCAGACGGCACCGGGGGGGACCACCUGCAGGUUGUGUGCCAGGAGGGUGAGCUCCGCGCUGGAAGAGGACGAGCAGGAAAGGAAGCACAGGUACCAGUCACUGGUGGCUUCCUAUGGGGAGGCCAAGCGGGAGCGUUUCCUCAGCGAGCUGGCCCAGCUGGAGGAGGACGUGCACCUGGCCCGCACCCAUGCCCGGGACAAGCUGGACAGAUACGCCCUGCAGCACGUGGACAGAUACGCCCUGCAGCACGCGGUGGACGACAGGCUGGCCUGGGAGAGGCACUCACGUGAGGAGCGGCUGAGCAGAGCCCCUGAGAUCCUGGUGCAGCUCCGGUCACACACCAUCUGGGAGCAGAUGUCUGUCAAGCUGUGCUUCACCGUGCAGGGCUUCCCAACUCCCGUGGUGCAGUGGUAUAAAGACGGCAGCUUGGUCUGCCAGGCAGGGGAGCCGGGAAAGUACAGGAUUGAGAGCAAGUACGGGGUGCACACGCUGGAGAUCAACAGGGCGGACUUUGACGAUACUGCGACCUACUCGGCGGUGGCGACAAACGUGCACGGACAGGUGUCCACCAAUGCGGCGGUGGUGGUGAGAAGAUUCCGAGGUGACGAGGAGCCGUUGCAUUCUGUGGGGCUCCCGAUCAGAGUGCCCCUGCCCUCCGUGAUCCCGCACAUGCACUUCGACGUCCGGUUUCUGGAGAAAUUCGGCGUCACCUUCCGGAGGGAAGGCGAGACGCUGGCUCUCAAGUGCACGCUGCUGGUGACGCCGGACCUGAAGCGGGUGCAGCCGCGGGCCGAGUGGUACCGGGACGACGUGCUGCUGAAGGAGUCCAAGUGGAUAAAGAUGUUCUUUGGGGACGGCCAGGCCUUGCUGUCCUUCAGCCACCUCAACAAGGACGACGAGGGUCUCUACACCCUGAGGAUCGUGUCCAGGGGAGGGGUCAGCGACCACAGCGCUUUCCUGUUUGUCCGAGAUGCUGACCCCCUGGUCACGGGGGCCCCUGGCGCGCCCAUGGACCUGCAGUGCCACGAUGUAAACCGGGAUUAUGUCAUCGUAACUUGGAAGCCACCCAACACGACCAAGGAGAGCCCGGUCAUCGGCUAUUUUGUUGAUCGAUGUGAAGUGGGAACUGACAGUUGGGUUCAGUGCAAUGACCGCCCCGUGAAGAUCUGUAAAUACCCCGUAACCGGACUUUUUGAAGGAAGGUCCUACAUCUUCCGCGUGCGGGCUGUCAACAAUGCAGGGAUCAGCCGGCCUUCCAGAGUCUCUGAGGCUGUGGCUGCCCUCGACCCCCUUGACCUCAAACCGUUACAAGCAGUCCACUGGGAGGGAGAUAAAGAAAUCGUAAUCUAUCAGGAGGACCUUGAAGGUGAUGUUCAGGUUCCAGGACCUCCCACCAACGUCCACGCCUCAGAAAUCAGCAGGACAUAUAUCGUCCUCAGCUGGGACCCACCUGCCCCCCGUGGCAAGGAGCCGCUGAUGUAUUUCAUUGAGAAGUCCAUGGUCGGGAGCGGAAGCUGGCAGCGGGUGAACGCACAGACGGCCGUGAGGUCCCCCCGAUACGCUGUCUUCGAUCUUGCCGAGGGGAAACCAUACGUGUUCCGAGUGUUGUCAGCAAAUAAGCAUGGCCUGAGCGACCCGUCGGAAAUCACCGCCCCCAUUGAGGCCCAGGACACCAUCGUGGUCCCCUCAGCCCCUGGCCGCGUCGUCACCUCCCGGAACACAAGGACGUCAGUGGUGGUGCAGUGGGACCAGCCGAAGCACAAAGAGGACCUGCUCGGCUACUACGUGGACUGCUGCGUGGCCGGGUCCACUGUCUGGGAGCCCUGUAACCACAAGCCCAUCGACUACAACAGGUUUGUGGUGCACGGCCUAACCACCGGCGAGCAGUACAUCUUCCGAGUUAAAGCCGUUAAUGCUGUUGGGACGAGUGAGAAUUCUCAGGAGUCUGACGUCAUAAAAGUCCAGGCCGCCCUCACCGUCCCGUCCCAUCCUUACGGGAUCACCCUUCUGAACUGUGACGGCCACUCCAUGACCCUGGGCUGGAAGGUGCCUAAGUUCAGCGGUGGCUCACCCAUCCUCGGUUACUACAUAGACAAGAGAGAGGCUCACCACGAAAACUGGCAUGAGGUCAACGCCUCGCCUCUCCAAGAGAGGAUCCUGACGGUGGAGGGCUUGGCAGAAGGCUCACUCUACGAGUUCAGAAUUGCCGCCACCAACCUCGUGGGGAUCGGGCAGCCGUCGGACCCCAGCGAGCUCUUCAAGUGCGAGGCCUGGACGGCGCCGGAACCGGGUCCUGCCUACGACCUGACGUUCUGUGAGGUCCGGGACACGUCCCUGGUGCUUCUCUGGAAGGCCCCGGUGUAUUCAGGCAGCAGCCCCAUCUCUGGGUAUUUCGUGGACCUUAAGGAAGAGGAUUCCGAAGAGUGGAUCACCGUCAACGAGGCCACCACGGCACAUCGCUACCUAAAGGUCUGCGACCUGCACCAAGGAAAAACCUACAUAUUCCGUGUCCGGGCAGUAAAUGCGAGUGGGGUGGGGAAGCCCUCAGACACGUCGGAGCCGGUACUUGUGGAGGCCAGGCCAGGCACCAAGGAGAUCAGCGCGGGCGUGGAUGAAAAAGGUGAAAUCUACCUGAGCUUUGACUGCCAGGAGAUGACGGACGCCUCUCACUUCACGUGGUGCAAAUCCUACGAGGACAUUGCAGGUGACGAGAGGUUCAAGGUCGAGACCGUGGGGGACCACUCGAAGCUGUACUUUAAGAAUCUGGAUAAAGUGGACUUAGGGACUUACUCUGUGUCCGUCAGUGACACGGAUGGUGUGUCCUCCAGCUUUGUCUUGGAUGAGAAAGAGCUGGAACGUUUGGUGACGCUGAGCAAUGAGAUAAAAAAUCCCACGAUUCCUCUGAAGUCAGAAUUAGCUUAUGAGAUUUUUGAUAAGGGCCAGGUCCGCUUCUGGCUGCAGGCUGAACACUUAUCACCAGACGCCAGCUACCGCUUUAUCAUUAAUGACAGAGAAGUCAGUAACAGCGAGACACACAGAAUCAAGUGUGACAAGUCAACUGGCCUUAUCGAGAUGGUGAUGGGUCAGUUUACCAUUGAAAACGAAGGCACCUACACUGUGCAGAUUCACGACGGAAAAGCAAAAAGUCAGUCUUCUCUGGUCCUCAUCGGAGACGCAUUCAAGGCUGUCCUAGAAGAGGCUGAAUUUCAAAGAAAGGAAUUUCUCAGGAAACAAGGCCCUCAUUUCGCUGAGUAUCUGCACUGGGAUGUUACAGAAGAUUGUGAAGUCCGGCUGGUCUGUAAGGUUGCGAACACCAAGAAGGAAACCGUUUUCAAAUGGCUAAAGGAUGAUGCUCUGUAUGAACCGGAAAAGUUGCCUGAUCUGGAGAAGGGGGUCUGUGAGCUGUUCCUACCAAAGUUGUCAAAGAAGGACCAUGGUGAAUAUAAGGCAACCUUGAAAGACGAGAGAGGUCAAGAUGUGUCUGUCCUUGAGAUAGCUGGCAAAGUGUACGAGGAUAUGAUUUUGGCCAUGAGUAGAGUCUGUGGAGCCUCUGCUUCUCCACUGAAGAUACUCUGCACCGCAGAAGAAAUAAGACUUCAGUGUUUCAUGAAAUAUUUCACCGAAGAAAUGAAAGUGAACUGGUACCACAAGGAUGCUAAGAUUGCAUCAGGUGAGCACAUGAGAGUUGGUGGGAGUGAGGAGAUGGCCUGGCUGAAGAUCUGCGAGCCCACCGAGAAGGAUAAAGGGAAAUACACCUUCGAGAUUUUUGACGGCCAAGAUACCCAUCAACGGUCACUUGACCUGUCCGGUCAAGCUUUUGAUGAAGCGUUUGCCGAAUUCCAGCAGCUCAAGGCAGCUGCUUUUGCAGAGAAAAAUCGCGGCAAGGUGCUCGGCGGCUUACCCGACGUGGUGACCAUAAUGGAGGGAAAGACCUUGAACCUGACCUGCACGGUGUUCGGGAACCCGGACCCGGACGUGAUGUGGUUCAAGAACGACAGGGACAUCGAGCUGAGCGACCACUUCUUGGUCAAGGUGGAGCAGGCCAAGUAUGUCAGCAUGACCAUCAAGGGCGUGACCUCCGAGGACUCGGGCAAGUACAGCAUCCAUGUCAAGAACAAGUACGGGGGCGAAAAGAUCGACGUGACGGUCAGCGUAUACAAGCACGGGGAGAAGAUCCCCGACGUGGUGCUGCCCCAGCAGGCCAAGCCCAAGCUCAUCCCCGCGUCCGCGUCCUCGCCCACCCAGUGAGGGGCGGCCCAGGAGACAGACGGCACGGGUGCUUGUUCCCAGCAGGUGACAAGGGCCCGCGGCGUCCAGCGUGGCUUGAUAGUCAAUCGUGCGUUACGGUUUUAGUCUUCAUGUUUGGCGAUUAGGGGUUUCUGUCCUUCUAAGCUGAAACGUGGAUGUUUUCCGGGAGGCUGCACCACUGUGUCUGCAGGCGCUGGACGGGGUGGGUUGGAGGUGAGCUGACGUUGCGCUGGGGUCGUGCCCUCUAGUGCCCUCAGGCCUAGGGGCUCUGAAAUCUGGUGGGAUAGCGUGUGUGCCUCCAUACUCUCAGCUCUCUCUUGCUUCAGGUGAAUAAAACUUUAAAAGGCAACUUGCGGUGUCUCUCCUGUACCAUCGCGUCCCCAGCACAUCUGCCUGCUCCCCUCUGGCUUGUUUAAUUACGGGUCACGGUGCAGCUUCACAGUUGGAGCAAGCAGGUGAUGCACCCCAAGCCGGGAGCCUGGGGCGGGGACCAGACUCCCAGCACAGCCCGCUAUCCCCAGCAGCUUCCCCGUUAGGACUUGGGCCCGAGGCUACUGGACUGGGAAGGUUACGUCUCAUGCGGGCUUAGAAAUGUCCACUGGAUGUAAAAUCUCUGUCAGGAAAACACAAUACAUAGAUGGCCGCAUCCUUUUUGAGUGUGUUAAUUAAGGCAUUUUGAAGAGAAGAAAACUCAUUUGAAACAACCACAGUAGUGGUCAUGGGGGGAAAAGUGAAACUUGGCUGUUUACAGAAGAUCUCUUGGUGAAGAUUUAAAAAUGUGUGGGAUGAACAUAUCCUUUCUUUGAAC